AAGAGACGGUUCUGAAAUUCGGAUGCAGCUGACCUUGGACUUGUCUCUUGUUGUGGCACUAUGUACCACAAUAUAUCUUAUGGGAUUCUCGCUUGGAACGACUUCCUCCAGAAGUUUUGAAAGUUGGAAUAUAUAUGUUUCCCUUCUUAUUUUUACGGGGGUGCUGAUAUUUCGUAUAUGUCGGUGGAAACAACUUUGCCAGUUAGAAAGAAAAGGAGAUGCUAUUGAACGUGAAUUCACUUGGGAGAGUAUGACAGGAAAGGAACCUGAGGACGUCGGACAUAGAGAGUAUCAGGAGAAAGUAGACCAAAGUUGGCAAACUGAGCCUUCCUUUUUGGAAGAGGUUUUCCAGAGAGUUUUGAGAGUAGCGGAAGGUUGGCUUGAGGAUGACGUAAGACAGAAGCUACAAGAUUGUCUAGAAGAAGGCUUUCUUGACUUUGCUCUUUCCGAGAAUAAUCGUUUUUUUUCAGAUUGGAGUUUGCAGAAAAUUAAGCUGCAGGUUGGAGACCAGAGACCCGUGAUACGCAACUAUGAGUUUGAGGAGCAGCUAUUGAAGAGAAAUAACUCAGCCGAAAGAGUUCUUUCGUUGCAAACUGUUGUUUCAGUUUAUUUCAAAUCUUUCAUCAAGUUCAGCCUUGUUCGUAAGGUAGCUGUUGUGAAUAACAAGAUUAGACUUUCUCCACCGACUUCAGGAGAGCAAGAAGCUUGUGCAGUGACCUUGCAUGUUACAGUAAAAGAUGUCGCCAUAGAUACUCGAAUAGAAGCGGAACUUCUUCCAGAAUACCCAUUUUUAGGCUCUAUUUCUUUUUGUAUUUUAGAACCUGUCAAUUUUAAUGUUGACUUCCAUAUUUCUACUGAUAGUGAAGUAUCUUUUUUGACUUCGUCGUCUGGAGAAGAGAGUACUGUCACUGGCGAUCUUUUCUUUCAUGAAGAUAAUCUCAAUCAGCUGCUUUUUCAUUUUAUUGAUGAGGCAAUAUUUCGACAUAUUGCAUAUCCCAACGUGAGAACGAUCAACUUUCCAGAGAAAAACAUCGAACAGCCAAAGACAGACUUGACCAUAAACACCACGGAUGUAUCAAAAGCUUUAGUUGAAGACGAAGAAAGCAACGGCAUCGAAGCAUUUAAGAGUGAUGAUAGCUCAGUUGAAUUACAUCUCCUUGAAGGCCAUCUUUCAUUUAAGGAACCCUGUGAUGAAGCAACUAGAUUUUCUACUAGUCAAGUUGGAUUGUAUGUGAAGCUGAAGAAUUUUAACGAUGCAGUUAUUUUUACGAGUUCAAUUGCAUACUUUAACACGAACAUGGGAUGGAAACAUAUGUGGAAGAUUCCAAUGGUUCAUUUCCAAAAUGGAUAUAUUCUAUUGGAAGUUUUUCUGGGAAACAUGCAAAAUGAUGAUAUCUAUUUAGGAAGAUUACAUCUGUCGUACAAUAGAUCUUUUGAAGAAGUUGAAAAAUGGUAUUCAGUGAAGGAGGAGUUGAAAGCAAACAUUGAUUCUUUAAAAUUGAGGAUACUUAUGAAACUAUCGUCUUCAACGGAGGAUGAAGAAAGUGUUGUAUACUCGAGCAAUGUAAAUAGCCCCGCAAUUCCAGCAGAAGUAUCUGAACAGCAACCCAAGUUACGAAGAUUCUCGUCAACUGGUUCAGCUAGCCAAGAAGGAACAGAAUCUAUGUUAAAGCGACUCGGAAAGAAAUUACUGUUUCAGCGCGACUCAUUCGAGGUUACAGCCCAUGAUUGGUCUCUAGAAUGUAUUCUGUCUCAUAUGCGAAUUAUGAUUUCGAAGGAAAAAGGAGUCUUGAAGAAAUCUGAUACGGAUGGGAGCAAAGGAAUCAACUUCUCUUCGUUAUCUAUGACUUCAAAACGUUCCGACGAUACUUCUACUUUUAAUGGUAGUGAUGCUGUUGAGUGGUUAUUGUCCGAUUCCAGAAAUAAGAUUUCCACUCGAAACGAAGCUGUGGAAAUACUAAAGACUUGCAAUGAUUUGGGUAUCCUAUUGGCUGUAGAUGGACACUUAAGGCGACAUCAUAUCUUUGUCGAUUCGUCGACGGCAAAAUAUUCUUUUUCUCCUUUCUUUCGGAAAUCAGUUGAGCAGUCAGAAGGAAGAAGCCAUUCGUGUGUUCUUAAUCAAGGUCAAAUUCUAGUUUUUAGCACCAACUCGCUGUUGACCGGUUCAAUUGAGUUUCCAGUGUUGAAAGCGAGCCAACCUGUUCUUGGAUUGGGUGAAAAAUUGAUUCUUCAUGUUGCUGAAUUAUUUAAAAAGCAAAAUUUUGGUUUGGAUGAGAUUGUAUUCAUUCCAAAGUUGGAGCCCAAAUACUCUAGAUUUUUGAGGACUUGUCGAAAGCUGCAGUAUAUUUCCUAUGAUGUUUUACGCAGCAUGUCCUCUUUAGAGAGAAUGUGCUUUUUUAUCAAUGUAUAUAAUGCAUUAUUCCUUCAUAGCUUGAUUGUAGCUGGUGUUCCGAAGGGAUUCAAUGGAAAUGAAGAGGCGACAGAUCCUUACCGUGAAACCAUUGCUUUGUUUCGAGAGGCAAUUUCUUAUCGCAUUGGUAUGAACAAAGACAAAGAAACGCUUUCUAAUCUUGUGUUUUCGUUGAAUGAUAUUCUACAUGGAAUCCUUCGUUGCAAUCGCACUCCUUCCGGUUGUUGUCAAGAUUGGGUCGAUUAUCGCAGUUCUAUGGAUUCUACUUGUAAAAAACAAUCUUCGGAAGAGGACCCUUCUUGCGGCGUUUACUUUCCUUUGAGAGAUAUCAGAGCCGAGUUGUCAUUGAAGAUGGCAGAUUUUGAUCCUCGCAUUCACUUUUUAUUAUUGAAUUGUCCUUCUCUCCAGCCAAGAGUGCUCUAUUUAUGUAGGCCUUCCAAUUUAAGCCUUCUCUUAAGCGAAGCAACAUGUUCCGUUUGUGAAGAGAACGUGGACGUAAACGAAGGAAAGAAGACUGUAUCUCUUCCUUGUAUAUUUAGAAACUAUAUUGAAGACUUUUUGCCUCCCGAAGUCUAUGGUGAUGCAACUGGAGGAUUGGAUAUUGACGUUGCCUAUGAGCUACUAAGGGUUGCAGCUGAAUUUUUACCCAAUAACUCCGAAAAGAAGAUUGCACUCUCUAGGUUACUAGUAUCAUGUUUGGAUUCGGAUAAAAGUGGUAGUGACCAGUUGCUGGCAGAUUGUGUGCAUUUGUUUUUCGAAAGCCCGACCGUUGAUGAUCCACAUACUUUGCCCGUUGUAACAUUUAGCAAGGAACUGGCUCAUGAGCUUGAAAUUUCCAAAUGAAGUCGAUUACAAUGUUAUAGGACAAUGGCUCAGAUCAUGUGUCGUCGGAAAUGGAUUCGGUUUUCUUAGUCAAUUGC